AGUUCAUCAAACGCCAUUUCCCCCGUUAAGAAGAAAGGAACAUGUGUUGAAAAAAGAGAAGUCUUUGAAACUCUCUGUUUAAAUACACACUUAAUUUCACAAAAACUAAUAACUAAAAAAUUGUCAUCAUGAUGCCCAGAAUGAGAAUGCCGGUUCGUCAUAUGGGACCACGUGGUAUGCGUCCCAGAGGACCACGUCCCGUCCCCCCACCAGGAAUCAGACCAAUGAGAGCUCCAGGAGCACCACCAAUGCGUCCACGGUUAGCUCCACCACCCCAACCUGUACCAGCUCCAUCUAUCACUGGAAAUGCCACAAAUGAUCCAUCGACUGCUAACAAAAGAGUAUUUGUUGGAAACCUUAACACAAUAGCAAUCAGCAAAGAAGAAGUGGAGAGAAUAUUUAGUCAAUAUGGCAUUAUUACUGGCAUAUCUAUGCAUAAAGGUUAUGCCUUUGUGCAGUUUGCUUAUGAACAUGAAGCUCGAGUAGCAUGUGGAAGUGAAGAUAGUAAGACAUAUGCAGGACAAAAAUUAGAUUGCAAUAUUGCUUCAGAACCAAAGAAUAAAUCUACAGUAAAUCUAGGGGUAAAAAGACCUGCAAUAGCCUUACAGACAGUGAAAAUGGGAGGCCCAGGAAUAUCUGUUGGACCUCCAGCUAUGAAGAAAAUUAGACAAGAUUCUAUACCCACAAUAAAACGUACCUUAGUAGACCUUACAGGAAAUGCAGCAAUCACAGAGACAAAAAAGACUAUCACACCUAUCACAGCUAACUCAGCAUUAAGAAAAGUUGCUACUAAAGAUGUUCUGAUUUGUGGAAAUUGCAAGACAAGUUUUAUGAGUUUGCACAGUUUGGCACAGCAUAAGAAAGUUCCGUGUAAAUUAAGGUUUUCCUGUAAAUGCCAGAACACCCCUGUUCCAGAUACUGAAUCAACAGAUCCAACAACCCUUCAGUGUGGUACAUGUAAUGCAGAAUUUUCAAGUGCAUGGGCUUUAGUACAGCAUUGUCACGAAGAGCAUAAAAUGUCAAUAUAUAGAACGGAAGGACAAGGCCAGGGAGAUGUUGCAACAGUAGAAGAAGUGGUUGAGGUAAUUGAACUUGAAUGAUACAUACUGGUAUAUUGGGAAGUUGUCGUAGUCCAGAGUGAAGGGGAUGUGAAUGGCCAAUAGAUGGUGAAUGUACAUAUUUUAUUGUACAUCAGUAAUUUUACUAGCAAUCAACCCUAUGGGACAAUAAUUGACCUUGGUUUAGGUGUAGAAUUUGGUGAUCAUUAUUUUGAAAUAAAACAUUUUUGUAAAAGACAUACCCUAAUAUUCAUCUGUAAAAUAAACUGCUCACAGGAUAUUUUUGAGAAUCAAUAAAGACAUGGAGAAAAUCUUAUCACAGAUAACAGAAGAUGAAUCGCAAUUAAUUGAAUUUUUGUCAUUUUAUUAUUUGAUUGCCUAAUUGAUGUACUACAAUCAUGACAUUUUUGUUACCAUGGUAUUGUUAUGCUGAAAAAAGACAUUUCUGGGUAUUGUUUAAUACAUUUAGUUAUUUCAUUUAAUAAAUAUUUUGCCAUGAUAAACAUAAUGCAGACUUUUCUCUGUUUUACAGUGUAUUUUGAAUGAAAGUAUGAAACAAAUUUGGAGCCAUUAGAAUUGAAAAGCAAAUUAAGUCCUUUUCUCUCCAAUCCCCUUACAGUCAUGUUAAUAAAUGACUUGAGGUAUUUGAAAAUUUGGCAGCUGGUUAUAUUAGUUAUGUAAAGAAUUUUAAAUUUUGUUAUACAUGCAGGUAUACACUGAAAUUAAAAUGAAUUCUCAAGAAUCAAUUAUUAUUUACAUCACAUUAAUUAUUCACAAAAUAAGUAGUUUUUGUCAGACAUCAACAACGUUAGAAAGAAAUCAGGCCUGUUAAAACUAAGUUAAUCUUGUAUAUAAUAUGAUUCUUCUGAAAUUAACUGCAUAUAGAUUAUAUGUAUGCUGAUGUUCUUGUCAGUUGUAAAAUGAAUUUUGUAGUAUUUGAUGUCCAAUAAAUAUUUUAGUCUA